AUGGACAUGGCGAUGGCGGCGUCGACGUCAAACGUCGGCCCCUUCGGAGGUUCCAUCCUGGACGACCUUCCCAAUCCAGAUGAUGUGCCGUGAGUUUUUUUGCGCUUUUUUAAGGGAAAAUAAGUGAUUUUUGAAGCCUCCAGUUACUGUAUUAACGUGUGUUUUUAAGUUUUUUCGAGAAAAUUUGAAGAAAGUUGGUUCAAAACGAGAAAAAUUAGGCCUGUAAAUGGUUUUUUAAAGUCUCUAGUUACUGUAUUAACGUGUGUUUUUCGGAAAUUUUGAAGAAAAAAAGGGCAAAAAAGGCUUUGAAAAGCUCCAGUUACGUGUUUAACGUCAUUUUUUUAAAGUUUUUUCGAGGAAAAUUUGAAGAAAAUUGAUUCAAAACGAGAAAAAUUGGAUCAAAAAAAGUUUUUUAAGAAAUUAGACCUUAGUUUUCCAAAAUUUUAAUGAGAAAAUUGAAGAAAAAAGGUUCCAGAGCGUUUGAAAAAGCUCUAGUUACAAUUAUAACCUCAUUUUCGAAAGAUUUUUUUGAAGAAAAAAAUGGUUCGAAAAAGUGAAAAAUUACGCCUAUAAAUGGUUUUUUUAAUUGAAAGCGCUAUUAACGCAAGUAGACCCCUUAAGUGGCCACUAAUUUUUGGCCCCUAAAUGGCCACUAUUUUGACCACUAUAGUGGCCACUAAAAAAAUUUUUCCCAGUUUUUUUCAAUUGGCUUAGUAAUAGAUUGAUUUUGUAGAAAUUAUUAUUAAAAAAAUUUUUUUGAAUCAUUGUAAAAUCAUAUUUUUUUGUUCUUUUGGUUAUUUUACAUACACUUUUUUGUGAUAUUUUUUGUUGAAAAUUCUAUUUUCCUUUGAAAAAGAUCGUUCCAAAGCCUUUUGGUGGAGACAUUAUUUGCUUAUGUUAAUUAUUUUCUCGUUCGCACGCUUUUUAGUACAGACGGGGAGCUAUCUGAUAAAUUAUUUGUAGAAAAAGCUAUAUUUUUGGAAAAAGAUAUAGAUUCUGGAACGUAUUGAAAGUGAAAAAGGUGAAAAAUUGGGAAAUUUGGAAAGUUAUGAAGCUUUUGGGGAUUAGCAGGAAAUAUUAUAGAUUUUUUAGAGCUUUUUGAAAAAAUUUAAUGCUCUUCUCAAAAAUUAUGAAUGAAGUGGAUACUGUAAACUUAAGGAAAAAAAUUCGGUUAUUGUAGAUUUUACAAUGUUAGAUCACUUUCCUGUUACUUCUCUUUGUUUUAUCUCGAGAUAUAGUCCGUUUUGCGCGACUUCUCUGCGCCCUCCUUAUCUCUCGACAUCUCUCUCAUGUUUACGUGCUAUUUCCAUGUUUCUCUGACCUCGCCGAUGAGGGACAGAGAGACGCAGACAUGCGAAAACUGUCAAGUCGCGUCAGACGGACUAUAUUCGUGUUUUUGGAAUCAAUAUUUGCCACGAUAUUCCAGAUUACGGGCCUCACCGUCGCGCGCGAUGAAAAGCAUCGAGGUGAUGAAACAGAACCACGAGAUCGCCGUCGAGAAGUUCAAAGAACGAAAGCCGAAACUGAUCGCCGAUCAGAAGGCCGUCACCAGUCAGCUUCACAAAAGGUACAAAGAAAUCUCAACUUUCCACCUCUUCUUAUGAUUUUUUUUCUUCCAUUGACCUUGAAAUAGAAAAGACGUAAAAAAUCGAGAAUUUUCCACAAAACGAAAUAAAAUAGUGGAUUUCAACACCUUGAGCUGUUUUUUUUCAUUCAAUCCUCAUUUUUUCAAAGGAAAAAAAUUGGCAAAAACAAUUUGCACCGAAAGGAUCCGAACCAGCGUCAGUGAUUCUAAAGCGCUAGACCCUUAGCCACUACACCACGCCGCCAGCUGGAAGCUCAAGUGUACCGCGGCAACACAUUCCCUCCUCCCAUCCAAUGCAUUUUUGCGUGAAAACUUUGAGCCGCCAUAACUCGACUAGAACCGAAAAUACGCACUUUUUUUCGAUUUAUUUGGGUUCAGGAUGUCCGAAAGAAUCUAUAUACCAAGUAACAUUGUAUUUCAAUACCUUGACUUUCCCGUGUGAAGCCUAGUCCUUUUUCCAAGGCUUACGAGGGAUUUCUCUGCCCCCUCCUAUUCUCUCGGAGACCGUCUCAUUUCGACGUGCUAUUUUCAUGUUUCGGUGAGGGAACAGAGAGACGCAGACACUAGGAAACAGUUUAGUUUUAGGGAACGGACUAUACUGAAUGAAAUUGAAAAAAAAACAUUUUUAGAGGUUUUUCGUUGAAAAUUCAACUUUGGACCCCUAGCACUAUAGACGAGCUCACGACCGUCCUCUAGAUUCUCCAGAAAAUAAGAUAAGUUUUGAAGGUACCUCGAAGAGGAAGAGCGGAAGCGGCAGGAGGCGUCCAAGGGCAAGAACGAGCAGGCCAACGGGAUCGCCUUCCAACAGACCCCCUUGUCCCGAGCCGACCGGAAAAGACGACCCGAUCCGACGGCCGAGUACUCGGAAGACUGGGCCAAGAGACCUACCCCAAUGAGUAAGGAUUCCUUGUCGAAACAUGGAAAAUCUUAUAGGAAUUUUCGCGAGCUUUUCCUGAAAACCAACCUCAAUUUUGAGUAUUUUGAGAAGGAUCUUGUCAAAAAAUACCCAUUUCUCUACGUAGACAUAUUUUUAAGCGGAAAUAUAGCGAUGUUUCUGAAACUUUCUAGUAGUCCCUUCAGCGUCAGAACUCUUAAGUGAUUACUAGGAACUCAGAAGUGUUCGGAGCGCGCCCAGCUUGCAUUACUGAAAUCUAACGGGAUCAUUUAGCUACUAGGACCUCGAUAAGACAAACCGGAGGCUUCUGAGAGCUCCUAGGGAUCACUUUAGUGGCGUUAGCACUUUUAAGUGAUUACUAGAAGUGCUUAGAAUCGUCCGGAGAGCAUCCAGCUUGCAUUACUGGAACCUGACAGGAUCUUCUAGCUCUUAAGUGAUCACUAGAAAUUCUCAAAACCGUCCGGAGAGCGUCCAGCUUGCAUUACCGAUGUCUGACAGGGUCAUUUAGUUACUACGACCUCGAUAAGACAAACCGGACGCUUCUGAGGGUUCCUAGGGAUCAUUUUAGUGACGUCAGCACUAUUAAGAGAUUACUUGAAUUUCUCAGAAUCGUCCGGAGCGCGUCUGGCUUGCAUUACUGGAACCUGACAGGGUCCUUUAGCCCUUAAGUGAUUACUAGAAAUUCUCAUAAUCGUCCGGAGAGCGUCCGGCUUGCAUUACGGAAAUCUGACGGGAUAAUUUAGCCACUAGGACCUCGUUAAGGCAAACGAGACGCAUAUGAGGGUUCCUAGGGAUCACUUUAGGGGCGUUUGCACCCUUAAGUGAUUACUACAAGCCAAGAUACUUUCGUAGUGCGUUUGGUUUGCUUUACCGAAGUUUGAGAGGAACAUUUAGCUUCUCGUACACCCGGUAACGAGUUUCCUAGUGAUCACUCUAGUGACCUGAGCCCCCUUAAGUGAUUACUAGAAAUUCUCAGAUGCGGGUUUGCACUACCAAGGAUCUUUUAGCUACUUGAACCUCGGUAAGACAAACCGGACGCUUCUGAGCAUUUCUAGUGAUCACUAUAGGGCUGUAAGAACUCUUGAGUGAUUUUCACGUUAACUUAAAUUAGAAGAGCGAGUGCGAUAGAGCGCACAUCGAUAAGCAAAAGUUGAAUUCUCAUUUUUCAGACAUGCCGAUGGGAGGACCAAAAAUGGACCCGUGGAUGAUGCACCAUCAUUCCCAGAUGCAGCAACAUCACAUGCCCUACCCGCCUCACAUGGCACAUCAUCCGAUGGCCCAGUACCCACCCCAUGUUCAGCAGCAGAUCAUGAUGCAGCAGCAGGUAGGACCUCCUUCUGGUACAUCAAGGAGUAUUCAUUUUUCAGAUGCAACAACAGCAGUACCAACACCACCAAAUGCAACUGCAGCAUCAGCAGAAGAUGGCCCAAGCGCAGGCUCAAGCUCAAGCUCAGGCUCAAGCCCAGGCGGUCCAAGCGCAGCAGCAUCCCUACCAGGCGUCUCCGUUGACGACGCCGACCUGCGUCUCCGCGCCGUCGACCUCCACGGCGACGUCUUCCUGCACGACUUCUGCCGCGAUGACCAACGUCGUCCAGACGAGUCCGACGUCGACGGCUUCCGCGCCGCAGCAAGCCUCCACCAGCUCCAUGCAAUUUGGAGCCGUCCCCACGCCGCCCACCCAGCUCCCGAAGGUCAACGACGAUCUGAGCGACCUGCCGACUCCUGGGAAUGUCGACUUCCUUGCGACGUCGGAGGUGAGCUGAAGGGGCUCUGGAAUUGCCGAACUUUACAGAUUUUGUUAUAGAAAAAUAAAAAUCCUUUCUCUGAACUGUCCUCGUUUACAUGCUAUUCUCAUGUUUUUUGCCUUCGCGAGAGAGAAGAGAGCGUAGACAGGUCGUACUUUUGAAUCUUCUAGGGAAAGGAGUAUAGAAAGCCUUGCAAUUUUUAAAUUGUCCGUAGAGCGCAAAUGAUUACAUUAAUACGGCUUUUUUUUCCUUCAGAGUUGAACUGAUAGAUCCAAAGUUCGGAAUUUUGUAAAAAUUGCCUAAAAUCUUUCAUAUAGCGCAGUAAUUUAGACUUGAGAAAACAGGCGAAAAAGUACUAGAGUGAAAUUUCGAUUAUCCGUAGAGCGCGCAUGGUCGCAUUUAUUCAGAACUAUUCUGAGAGAUCUAAAGUUCAGAUUUUUGUAAAAAAAAAAAACAGUUUCCGUUUGUCCAUGUAGCGCAAAUAUUCAAUGUUUUUAUCUCUCAGGCAUUUGGAUUAUCCAUGGAGCGAAUAAGACAGGACUUUUUGAGCCAAUAAGAAAAAAUUUAGUGUUUGCAAAGAAUAGUUUGUUCGGAAUAUUAUUAGAACUGCUUGGGAUUUUUCAUUUAGCGCAAAUGUUGAGAUUUUGUUCUCUUAGGCAUUUUGAUUAUCCGUAGAGCGCAUAAGAUAGGACUUUUUGAGCCGCGACGAAAAUUUUGUAUUUUUAGGGAAUAGUUCGACCGUUCCCCAAGGAUAGGUGAUUUAUGUUAGUUAUUAUAAAUUUACUCAUUAUAUCUGAUGAUUUCUAGCCAUGAAAUCGAAUAACCUGCAUUUUUCUUGUACGGACGGUCCAUUGAAAUUUUCAAAAAAAAAGUCGGUUAACUUUGAAAUUUUGCAGUUUCGGUACAACCGCGACGACAUCGCCGAACUCGGCCCGGAUUGUCUGGACGGCGAGGAGAACUUCGACCUGACGACACCCUCCACCUCGUCGCACUGCUUGCAAUCGCCGCUCAACGCCAGCUUCCCCACGCCUGGAACCGUCAACAACACGUUGAAUGGCCACUGUGGACCCCUCAGUGCUCAUUCCAUGCACUCGGUUCGUUUGUUUCUGAGGCCAAAAAGCUCUAAAAAGGCUCAAACCCAGAUAUAAGCUUCUUAGAUGAUUUGAGCUUAGAAGUCAAGCUCCGAAACAUGUGAAGCUUAAAAAUUAGCUUCAAAGAUGAUUGAAGAUCAAUGUUCAGCUUCAAAAAAGUUUCAAGCUCAAAAGUCAGCCUACGAAAGAGGUGAAGCUCAGAAAAUAGCUUCGGAAAAGUUUCAAGCUCAAAAUCAAGCUCCCAAGUGGGAGAAGCUCAAAAAUUAGUUCGAAUAAUAGCUGUAUUCAGCUUAAAAAAGGGGUUCAUGCUCAAAAGUCAACCUCCGGUGUGGGAGAAGCUCGAAAAUUCGCUUGAAUAAAGACGGAAGCUCAAUCUUCAUUUUUAAAAAGGGUCCAAGCUCAAAAGUCGGCCUCCAAAAGAUGUGAAGCUCAAAAAUUAGCUUCAAAAAAUGAUUGAAGCUCAGUUUUCAGCUUCAAGAAAGGGUUUAGGCUCAAAAUUAGGCCUUUGAUGAAAGAGAAGCUCAAAGAAUAGCUUCGAAAAUGUCUGAAGCUCCAAUAUGAGCUUUUAGGACAGUUCAUGCUCCAAAGUCAGCAUCUGAUGUAGGUGAAGCUCAGAAAUUAGCUUGAAUGGAAGCCGGAGCUAAAUUUUCAGCUUCAAAAAAGGUUUAGGCUCAAAAUUCAGUCUCCGAUACGUGUGAAGCUCAGAAAAUAGCAUCAAAAAUGGUUCGAGCUCAAAAUUCAACCACCGAUGUUGGUGAAGGUCAAAAAUAGCUACUGAUAAUGCUCAGAAACCUCAGUUAAGGCUGAUUUUUGGAACUCUUAUUUGUUUCGAGGUUGAUUUUUGAAGUCAAGGUUUUCUCGGAGCUGUUUUUGGAGCUCAUGCUUCUUUCGAAUGUCAUUUUUUCUGAGCAGUGGCUGUUACAGUUGAAAUACGAGCUCUUUAGAGUUUUUGGGACUUGUUUUAGAUUUGAUCUCUAACAGGAGGUGAUUAUGUGAGCUUGAGCUUCAUUUGGAGCGUUCUAAACUUUUUAGAGACAUUAUUUUAAUUCCAAUUUUUGCGCUUUGAAAAAUAGUUACCUUUCCAGGCGCCUCACAGUAACGGAAACUGCAAUCCGCCGAUGACGCCGACGACUUCCGGCCUGGAAUUGACGGCGGCUGGCCCGGGCAGCGUCGGGUGCGCUCCGACGACGGCCGCCACGAUUUCUGCGCCGAUCGGACCGCCCAUGUAUUCCAGUACUCCCCUUCAAGCGCCCGCUCAGCCGACUCAACAGCCCGGACCUCAGGCGGCGGCAGCUGCAGCUGCUGCAGCGCAAGCCCAAGCUCAGGCCCAAGCUCAAGCCCAAGCUCAAGCUCAAGCUCAAGCUCAAGCUCAACAGCAACAAAUGAUGAUGAUGAAUGGGAAUGGCCAAGCUUAUCAUCAAGCCGGGUAAUUCAAUGAAUCCUUGAGCUUUUGAAUAAAUGAAUAUUUUUCUAGGUUUCCUGGAUAUCCUGGCGCCGAGAUGGGCAUGCCAAACGGGAUGAUGCAGCAGCAGCAUGCGGUGAGCUUUUCUGAAAAAAGUUCACUUGAAAAUUGAAAACGACUGAAUUUGAAAAAAUUAACUGAAAAGUAAAUUCCAGUUUCAGCCAUUUUAUUUGCAUUUUUCCCACGGUAACUACGAGGUUCGGUACGCGGGAACCACCUUUUAUUAGAAAAAAAAGAUCGAUUUUCCCCCUUUUUCGAGAUUCUGAAGAGCUUCAGAGUGGUCCCUAGAGGGGUGUUCUGAAAGACAAUUGAAGGGUUCACUUUAGCUAUCCCUAUAGGGGGCAUUAAAGCUUGCAAAAUUCGGUAUUUGGAGGUUUUAUCUAGUGGCCACUCUAGGGGACCGUGCUUGGGGUCGCUUCAGGUGUUUUUAAGAAUUUUUUUUAUCUCUAAAAUCAAUACAGAAAUCUAACAGACCCUAAAAAGGACCACUCCAGCUCUAGGGGCUGAUGGGUGAGGCCCUAAAGCCCUAUAGGGACCACCUAGAACUCCAGAGGGGUCCCUAUAAGGGAAACUGUCUAGAAAUCACUUUAACAACCCCUAACGCAUGAAAAAGUGGUCCAAAAAGGGGUUCCAGUUAGGGGCCCUUAUAGAGACAUGCUAGUGAAUAAAGAAACUGAAUAAGCGAUUUUUAAUAAAACCUUAAAGACCCCUCUAGGGACCACUUAAGCCACAGGGGCCAGACCCUGGAGCCCUAUAGGGAUCACUUUGAUUUUACCCCUGUAGGGAUCACUCUAAAGUUCCUAAGUGAUUAAUGUGCUCAAAAAUUCAGUUUUUGUAUUUGUUUCAGCUUUCGAACAAUGAAAAAUCAAGAAAACCAGUUGCAAAGUUUUUUUUAUAUCAGUUAGUUUCAAAAGAAAAAAAAAUCGAUGAAAUCACUUAUUGAUUAUUUUUUUUUGCAGAGCAUGAUGAUGAUGUCCCCCCAACAGCAGCAAAUGAUGAUGCAGGAGCGGGAAAUGUUCAUGAAGCAGCAGCAGCAGCGGUCGAUGAUGUACAACGGCUACGCCCAGCAGAACGGAGCGACGCCCGCCGGAGUCCCGCCCCAGUACCUUCAGCAGAUGCGGAUGCAGCAGCAGCAGCAGCAGCAGCAGCAGCAACAGCAGCAGCACGCAGCGAGGUUCGGUUCUGGAAAAAAAAAUAAAAAGUGAUGGAAAGGUUGAGGUUUUUACCUGAGAUUUACCUGAGAUUUACGUGGAUUACUCGGAUUUUUACCUGAAUGUUGGGAUUUGACCUGACUUUUUACCUGACUUUCACCUGGAUUUUUAACUGACGUUCAAUUUGAAUUUUCUGCUGGAUUUUUACCUGGGAUCUCACCUGAAUUUUAGAACUUUACCUGACUUUUUACCCGAGUUAUCACCUGGAUUUUUAUUUGGAUUUUUACCUGAGAUUUCGCCUGAAUUUUAGGGACUUCGUACCUAGAUUCUGCCUGAACUCUUACCUGGAUUUUUAAAGUAGAUGUAACCUGAAUUCUACCUGAAUUUUUAAUUGAAUUUUACCUGAGACUUUACGUGAGAUUCGCCUUAAUUUUACCUGGGUUUCGAGGAGAUUCCACUUCGGAUUUUUCCUGGUUUUUUACCUGAGAUUUUGAAUUAGUUUUUUUCACACGGCUCUAGCUGAAUUUUUUUUACAUUGGUUUCACCCGAAGUUCAUGGGAAAUUAAUCUAAAUAUUACCUGAAUUAUUACCUGAUUUUAACUGGAUUUUUACCUGGUUUUACCUGGCUUCUUAGCUGAUUUUUUACAUGGCUUUUUACAUGAGUUUAACAAGAGAUUUACCUCAAUUUCACCUGGAUUUUAAUGAGAUUUUACCUGGAUUUUCACCUGGGCUUUACCUGGCUUAUUAGCUGAAUUUUUCAUAGGUCUCUAACUGUAUUUAACGAGAGGUUCACCCAAAUUUUACCUGGAUUUUGAUGAGAUCUUACUUGAGUUUUUCACCUGAAUUUUACAAUUUUAACCGAUGAUUCUAGCUGAAUUUUGACAUGGAUUUUUACCAGAACUUAACGUGAGAUUCACCUAAAUUUUGCCUAGAUUUUUGGCUGAAUUUUUACCCGAGAUUUUACCUGGAUCAUUUGCAGGUAUCCCCAGGGAAUGAUGGAUCCUCGGAUGGCGGGCCAAAUGCCGCCAAUGAACUACGGGGCCGGUUAUCCACAACACGCCAUGUACCCUCAUCAAUUCGCCCAAUACCCAAUUAAUUAG